UGGCUUUGUACUAAGCAAACUUAUCAAAAAAAAUCUCACUGCUGCUUUUUACAAAGUGUCGGCACUUGUUAAAUUCGUUAAUCGUUUCAUUGUUCAUUUUUUUAUUUCGCUCAAAGAUAACAAAAAAAAAACUCAACAAAAUGGUUGGAAUUAAUGAAACAAUUAGAAGCCCAAAUUUGGUGCAUAAAGUUGACUGUGAAUAUGAAACGGCAACUUUUGGAAUGGGAUGCUUCUGGGGUGCUGAUGCUUUGUUUGGAGCUACAAAAGGUGUUCUUCGCACAAAAGUUGGCUAUUGCGGUGGCACCACCGAAAAUCCAACUUACAAAAAUAUUGGCGAUCACGUUGAAGUGAUUACAGUUGAUUUUAAUCCGUCCGAAGUGACUUACUUGCAAUUAUUGGAGUUAUUCUGGAACAAUCAUGAAUAUGGUCUAACAACUCGGGUAAAACGUCAAUAUGCAUCAGUGAUCUUCUAUCACAAUGAAAAACAAAAGCGUAUUGCAAGCGAGAGCUUGGAAGACCAACGCGUUAACCGACCAUCAGAACAAAUCAUCACAGAAAUCGUUAAAAUCGACACCAUCUACACUGCCGAAGACUAUCAUCAAAAAUAUUAUUUACAAAGUCACAAAGAUCUUGCAAAAACACUCAGUUUAGAUGAAAAAUUGUUGAGAUCAUCGCAUGUUGCGGCUCGUUUGAAUGGCUAUUUGGUUGGAGUAGGCGGUAUCAAACAAUUUUUGGACGAAGCUCUCUCUCUAGGUUUAAACACAUCACAAAAAGAUUACGUUCGACAUUACUGUGAGGAAAACGAAGGCGGCAAUUUGUAUUGCUGAUACAAAGCCAUCUUAUCUUCACUUAUUUUUUUUUUUUUUUAAAUGAAGAAAUAAGCUCAAAUUUAUUUAGGAUGUAUAAAGUACAAAAGUGGCGAUUCGUUUUAAAAAAUUAUUCGGAAAUUUGCAUGUCGAUCAUUAAGAGCGAAAUUUUUUUAUACGAAAUCUAUAUAGACCCAAACAUUGUAAGUUUUGGAUAGUAUUAUACGAUAUAAGAAUAUACACAAAUAAGCAAAAAAAAAAUGUACAUCGUGAAACACAUGAAAACCAAUUUAAAUGAAGAACAUUGUGCGCGGUGUUUCCUUUAAAUUUCAAUUGUACGAAGUUACAUUUAAGGCCUCAGUAAUAAUGUGUCAUGAGGAAUGAAUUUAUAAGAAUUUCAAAGUAAAAAUAAAUUUUUAAUAAAAUUGUUAUUUUCAAAGAGAA